AUGGCCAUCGAGCUCGACUCCGACAGCGACUGUGAGGUGCUUGAGGCCCCGAAGAAGAGGCUGCGUGGGCAACCAAGCUUGGAUGCAGUGUUACGACACGUCUACCGUCCCCGCGACCUACCUCCAGUGGCGCCCCUUCUGGUGCCCCAGCGGGCUCGGGCUCCAUCUCCCCAGCCUAGGAGGGCGGAGCCUCGGUCGACGCUGAAGGCUCUUUUUCGGCAACGUCGAGAGGAAAUCCAACAACGGGGCGUUGGCGAGACACCACUGGGUCUGCAGGAGAGACAGGGCGAGCGACUUGUUGAGUCCAACAAUGCGGAUGCCGAAGGCCUUGCUUCACUGAUGGCGCAGGCAGGACUGCUGCCUGCCCUCGCCGAGCGCCUUGCCCGGGCAGCACGCCGAGGUGAGCAGAGAGGUGCCAUGGCCCGGCCUGCACUGCGCUCUGUCGUGUACAACCUUCGCCACAACGCAGCGCUAGUGCACAAGGUGAAUAGCGGGGAGAUCGCUGUGGAAGCCCUGCUGCGGAUGUCACAUCUGGACAUGGCGGGGACGUCGGUCAUUGCCCGACGACAGCGCCUUCAUCAAGAGGCACUACGUGACGUG